GGCGGGACCCACCCGCGCGCCCGUCAUCGCCCCUUUAAGAGCGGAGCCCGCGGGCGGCGGGCGGGGGCGCGCGCGGCAGGAGGAGGGGGCGCGCGCUUCCCGGAACAGCCCGCGCUGAGGGAAGAGAGGAAAAAAAUAAAACCGCGCCUGGAGCCGAAGCUGGAGCCGCCGCGGCCGCCGCAGCGGCCGUCUGGAGCUCCCCCGCGCGGACGAUGCCCGCGGUGCCCGCCCGGGGCUCGGGGCGGUGAGGCCCGGGGCGCGGGGUAGCUAUGGCGACGGCGAACGCGGCCCCCGGCGCCGCCUGACAGGUGUGGGCCCGGGCGGCGGCGGCGGCGCGGAGCAGCAUGUACGCCAAGGGGGGCAAGGGCUCGGCCGUGCCCUCCGACAGCCAGGCCCGCGAGAAGCUGGCGCUGUACGUGUACGAGUACCUGCUGCAUGUCGGUGCCCAGAAGUCAGCCCAGACCUUCCUGUCAGAGAUCCGAUGGGAGAAGAACAUCACGCUGGGGGAGCCCCCUGGGUUCCUGCAUUCCUGGUGGUGUGUGUUCUGGGACCUGUACUGUGCAGCGCCAGAUCGCAGAGAGGCGUGCGAGCACUCAAGCGAGGCCAAGGCCUUCCAGGACUAUAGCGCUGCAGCGGCCCCCAGCCCGGUGAUGGGGAGCAUGGCUCCCAGUGAUGCAAUGGCUGCAGGCCCCAUGGCACCGGGAUUCUUCCAGCCCUUCAUGUCACCGCGGUUCCCAGGGGGCCCCCGGCCCACCCUGAGGAUGCCGAGUCAGCCUCCCGUGGGCCUCCCAGGCUCCCAGCCCCUCCUCCCUGGCGCCAUGGACCCCUCCCCGCGUACUCCGGGGCACCCCAGUAUGGGCGGCCAGAUGCAGAGGGUGACGCCUCCGCGGGGCGUGGCCAGCAUUGGGCCCCAGGGCUAUGGCAGUAGCAUGCGACCCCCGCCCAACUCCCUUGCUGGCCCAGGUCUGCCUGCCAUGAACAUGGGCCCAGGAGUGCGCGGCCCUUGGGCCAGCCCCAGUGGCAACUCGAUUCCCUACUCUUCCUCAUCCCCCGGCAGCUACACGGGACCCCCAGGAGGAGGUGGGCCCCCUGGAACACCCAUUAUGCCCAGCCCUGGAGACUCUACCAACUCCAGCGAGAACAUGUACACCAUCAUGAACCCCAUCGGGCCGGGCGCCGGCAGGGCUAACUUCCCUCUCGGCCCUGGCCCGGAGGGCCCCAUGGCCGCCAUGAGCGCAAUGGAGCCGCACCACGUGAACGGAUCCCUGGGCUCGGGCGACAUGGACGGGUUGCCGAAGAGCUCCCCCGGUGCCGUGGCCGGCCUGAGCAACGCCCCGGGCACCCCGCGGGAUGACGGCGAGAUGGCGGCCGCCGGGACCUUCCUGCACCCGUUCCCGAGCGAAAGCGUAAGCGACUGCGUCGACUCCCCCCCCGCGGCGGCGUCGGGCCGGAGGGGCCUGGCGGGCAGGCCCCGGCGGGGCGGCCGGGGGGCCAGAGCAAGACCGUGACCGCGGCGGGCCAGUACUCCCCAGGGAUGACCAUGAGCGUGUGAUGGGGCUGCAGCCCCAGCUCUCUGCCCCCUGCCCACUCGGCUUCUGCCCAGUGCCCCUACCAGGGGCAAGGGUCUGAGGUCACACCUCUGGCACCUGGACUCCUGGCCAGCCAGGCUUGGACAGCUGGGAGGCCCCACACAGACUUUCUCAUUUUAUAAAAAAAAACGCAAGGACCUCAGAGACGUUCUUUCCCACUUGGGCCCUUCCUGUGGUUCCCACUUUGUCAGAGGGAGGCUCCUUGGUGGCCCCUUCUCCCCAGGACGGCACGGGUGGGCCCAAUCAAUAAAUGUAACUGGUUUUGGUUUUUAGUA